UUUCGUUGGAGACGAUGUCGCGGCUGGCAGCGCGAGAGUGCACCUCGUCAAGAUAACGUUCGAUUGUGUACGAACGCGCCGAUAUUAGGGUGCUAAAUGCACUUCACGCAGCGUGCAGCGUGUCUAUCGACGUCAUCGCAUCGAGUGUCCAUUAAGUUAACGGUGACACCGUCGCGGAAAAUAAGCGACAGAACUGUCAAUUCCGCCGGUGAGGAUGUUCCGAGGUUUCGAUGCGCGGUUCAUUGAACAGACUUGUUACUGAUGCGGAUCCAGGUUGGCGAUGCACGUAUGCAUACAGAGCUCAACGAGGAAAGCGAAGACGGUAAUAAUAUAGAGGAAAGAAACACAGGACGCGAACGCACUUAUCAUGGAGAACAUUUGGAGCGACGGUAUCACCGGAGAACGGAAGGAUCUCGCGCCUAUAAUGGAGGAAGAAGAUAAGGGACAAGCGAAAGAUCUAAAUGCAGGUUCGCAGUCGGACUCGUCAGACGCGGCCUCGACUAUAAAGCGUUGGAACAGUCGAUGGACGCCCUCGGAGGGCUACGAUUCGUCGGGCACGUCGUCGAAUUCCGAGGAAGACGACGAAUAUAUCGAGGAUUAUCCGCGAGACAUCAGCGCGGGCCUCUCGGAACCGGCGAUCACGUGCCGAGCUGCUUACCGAUCGCAGGAAUGUCUGUGUCAGGCUUGCUUGCUCGGGUAUGCUAAGAUGAUAGCGCUUCAAGGGAGUAUGCCUAAUAUCUGUGCAGCGUCCGCCGGUAUGUCUAAUAUCUGCCCGGCGUCCGCUCAUCUGGGAAGUUUCCCGUCCCUCUGCGUCACACCGUGUACAAGCGUCUCCGGUGAGCUGACGCAUCAAGCUAUGAAGGAACACGCGAAGAACCUCGGUCACUAUCCGCACUGUCACGCGCAGCAGAAUCUGAUGUUCAUGAAGGAACGCGGAAUACACGCGGGCAGCAGAACGAACAGCACCGCGUCCUUGCCUGUGAGCUCGACGGGAAGAUGCGGCGGUUCUCUGGACAGGAGGCGGCGCAGACUGCGCAGCAGAGUGGACCGCGAUCAGAGGGCCAUGUCUCAGAACGAUCUGAUCUGCCACGAGAGGGACAAGCCGCACCACUACUGUUCGCUGCAGCAGUUCCACUGCGGCAGCAAUAUGUGCAUGAAUAAUUGUCAUAAUAAAACCGAGGAGCGGCUGAGAAAGUUGGAGAGCGAACGCGGAGCAUUGCAUAUGGAAGUAUCGGUCUUGUCGGAACAAGUCGACGCGCAGUCGAGUAAGAUUCAAGAGCUGGAGGGCAUACUCCAAGAGAAGAGAGAUUCUCUGAGGCAGAUGGAGGAAGCGUUGCAAAAGGAGGUUCUGUCGAGAAGCGCUUUAGAGACGCAAAAGUUGGAACUUCUCACCUCCUUGUCCGAAAUGAAACUCAGGCAGGCUAGUUUGGAGCACGAGAACCUAGCGCUACGCAGUUCAAGUCCCUUAUCGAAUGGCGAAAGAUUUAGCAGACAUACCGGCCAAUAUAGUAGUCUCCCUAGGCCACCAACAUCCAAGAAAGGCGUAGCAUUUGGUAAGGUUCCAAAUUUAGUCUCGGGAGCACAUACGACGGUACCUUUGGCUGUUAGGGGAGUCUCUGCGAGAUGUCUGUCCGCUCCUAUUCUAGCGGAAGAAGAGAAAAUCGUGAUCGGUGAAGCGAGUGCGCAAGUGGAACCGCUACCGCCCAAACCGCUCGCGGAACUUACCAUGGAAGAGAUCAGCGAUUGGUUAGCUCGCCUCGGUCUGGAGUGCUACGCCGGCGAGUUGAGACGAUGGGGCGCCACCGGGCCGAAAUUGAUGGACGCUACGCCGGUUCAACUCGAGAAGGAGCUGGACAUAAAGAGCGCUCUGCACAGAAAGAAAUUGCUCUACGCCAUAGAGUCGGAGAGAAGCAACGGGGCUGGGUUCCUCGGCUCUCACAAGAUGGACAGCGCGGCUGUGCUACGGUGGCUGGAUGACAUUGGAUUACCUCAGCACAAGGAAGCCUUUCACAACGCGAAAGUCGACGGUAGAGUUCUGCACAGGCUGACCACGGAGGAUCUUUUGAAUCUCGGGGUGACCGCACAGUUACACGCCGCCAGUUUGAGACGUGGAAUUCAGGUUUUGCGGGAUUUAAAUUUCGAGUUCGACAAUCUUGAGAGAAGAUCUGUGAGUGGGAACGGGGCUGACGGCACUAACGUGACUCUCUGGACGAAUCAUCGCGUGAUGGAGUGGCUGCGAGUGGUGGAUCUCGCGGAGUACGCCCCGAACAUGCGCGGCUCCGGCGUUCACGGCGGUCUGAUGAUCCACGAAGGUCGAUUCACUUCCGAAUUGCUCGCCACAUUACUCAGCAUUCCACCGGCGAAGACUCUGCUUCGUAGGCAUCUGACGACGCACUUCAAUCAAAUCCUGGGCAGAGAAGUGGUUCAGCAAAAAAGGGAGAUUGAGAGCACGCUCGGCUUUGUUCCACUGACACUUACCGCUAGACUAAAGGUACCAAAGAAAUCGCAAUUCACGUUGAAACGAAAAAAGAGUAAAAACGAGGUGGAUUUUGGCAAUUUGGUUUGCCCGUUGGAAGCAUCACCACCAGGUACCCCAUCAACACCCUCGUCAACACCGGGCAGCCCUAACUUAAACUCACCCACAUUCUAACCACAAUUAAAGCUUCAUUCGAGUAAUCAUCUAAACUAACUUACUUGGAGGAUACUGGACAAAGGAAAGUUAUAGGUUGCAUAUGAACGGACGAACUACGAAUCGAUAUAUUUAACGACGGUAAAAUAUAUACCGAUGGAUAUUUAUAUAUAUUUGUAUUCGAAGUGACGGUACGCGAAGGAACGUCAGAGAAUCCUGGGACCAGUUAUCCGUACUGUAAAUUAAAGUGUAGCCACACCUCUGCCAAAACGCGCACUUUUUGAGAUAAGCCGCUUAUUUGAGAGCUUAUUCGAGAGCUAACUUCAACACCGCCAAAGUCUCUUUAACGCCGUAGACUAAAAGAUUUGGAAUUAACCACUUUAGAGGGUAAAUAUUUUUACUACGAGUCGUGUAAUUAUAGAAUAUCAUAAACUGAAAAUAAAACGCUAAAUUUAUACCUACUAUA